UCACAAGAAGGCCUUGCAAGGUGCAUUCGUUAUGGUUUCGCCGUUAUUCUUCUGAAUCGUUAAAUAAGUGUUUGGUACAAAAUAUUGUGUAGUAUCUAGCACAUAGCCUAUUUGUGAAAUUGACCGCGAUUUUUUUUUAAAGAUCCUGGAAGUUUUGUAGCUCAAAUUAAAGGGAUUUGAUAUCAAUGACUGGCUGUGGAUGCUGCACUAAUGAUACUGUAUGAGUAGCAGCGAUCUCUCGCUGUCACAACCUAUCUGUUUUGUUGAUACUGUCGGCAAGCGCAAGGAAGAAGACUUGACUGAGGACUUUAUGCUUAUUUAAAUACAACAUUCCUGUUGGAAAUACACUAAAAUGGGAAGCCUGAGACACUUUAUUGUUCUUUUAUUAUUUCCAUUGGCUUUUGGCGUGGAUUUUCUUGUGGACCCAGGAUCAUAUAACGCAAAAAGGAUGUUUGUUAAGACUCCUGUGUCCGCGAGAAGUCUGACCGAGAAGAUAUCUGGUAAAGAUAUCCAUCACAUCCAGAAAAGAAGCGCCGAUUCUGGAUCAGACUCUUGUAAUGCUCUGGAUGGAUUUGAGAGCAAGUUAAUCAGCAAUACGCACGAAUUUACCUUUCAAGAUAUCAGUGGAUCCGUGUCCCUGGCUUGGGUGGGGGACGGCACUGGGGUUGUUUUGGUUUUGACCACAUUUCAGGUGCCAUUCGCAUUCUUUAAAUACGGUCAGUCUAACCUGUAUAGGAGUGAAGACUAUGGGAAGACAUUUCAGGAUGUUACAGCACUCAUUAACAGUACCUACAUCAAUAUUGCCUUUGGGAUUGCCAUCGGUCCUGAGAACUCUGGCAAGGUGAUCCUCACAGGAGAUGCUUCUGGAGGCAGUGGUGCCAGAAUUUUUCGUUCGAAAGACUUCGGGAGGAGUUUCGUUUUGACAGAAUUGCCCUUCCAUCCGCUAAUGCAGAUAAUAUACAACCCUCAAGACACUGACGUGCUUGUGGCCAUCAGCAACAAGAAUGAUCUCUGGAUCUCUAAAAACUUUGGUGAAAAGUGGGAAAAAAUUCACGAUAUGGUCUGUGUUGUGAAAUGGGGAAUGGAUGCUAUGUUCUUCUCUGCCAACCUUAAUGGAUCCUGCUAUGAUAGAGGGAUGCUGGUGUUGAGAAAGACCACAGACUUUGGCGUUAACAUAAAGACGGUUGCUCAGAAGAUUUAUUCGUUUGGCAUCGGUGGACGCUUCCUAUUUGCCUCUGUUAUGUCGGCAACAGGAGGUGUAGUGCAGUCACCAGGAGAGGAUGUGAUGCGUGCGAUACAUGUGUCAGUAGAUCAAGGUGAAUCGUGGAACAUAGCUCAACUUCCUCCUGUCACUCAUGAGCAGUUUUACUCUAUACUGGCAGCAAAUGAUGAAAUGGUUUUCAUGCAUGUGGAUGAACCAGGAGACAGUGGGUUUGGCACCAUCUAUGUGUCAGAUGACAGGGGGACUGUUUAUUCCAAGUCUCUUGAACGCCAUCUGUACAUGACCCCCGGAGGGGAGACAGACUUCACGAAUGUCACUUCCCUCAGAGGAGUUUUCACUACUAGUGUGUUGGCCGAGGAUGAAUCUGUGCAGACAGUAAUAUCAUUUGAUCAGGGGGGAGAAUGGGUUCCUCUCCAGAAACCAGAGAACACAGAGUGUGUUUCCACAUCCACAAAAACGUGUAGUCUACACAUUCAUGCCUCAUACAGCACCUCCAUGAAUAUGAACGUUCCCAUGCUGCCUCUGAGUGAACCCAAUGCUGUAGGACUCAUUCUGGCUCAUGGCAGCGUAGGGGACGCAAUGUCUUUGAUGACACCUGAUGUGUACGUGUCUGAUGAUGGUGGCUACACCUGGCUCAAAGCUCUGAAGGGUCCACAUCACUACGCCAUCCUGGACUCUGGUGGCCUGCUGGUAGCUGUGGAGCACAACACAACCGCACCCAUUUCUGAGAUUAAGUUUUCCACAGAUGAGGGGCAAUGCUGGCACGUUUACAAGUUCACCAAGACCCCGAUGUACUUCACAGGGCUGGCCUCAGAGCCUGGUGCCCGUUCGGUGAACGUCAGUCUCUGGGGUUACGAAGAUGCUAUAAUCAGCAACUGGGUAACUUACACCAUUGACUUUCAAGACCUGCUGACACGUAACUGCGAAAACGAUGAUUAUGUCCCGUGGUUGGCACACUCUGAUGACAUCAGCGAACCGGACGACGGUUGCAUUCUGGGUUAUAAGGAACGUUUUCUGCGAGUGAAAAAAGCCUCUGUGUGUUGGAUUGGGAGGGAUUACGAAGUCACCACAGAGCCCACGCCGUGCAAAUGCACGCUAGAUGACUUCCUGUGUGACUUUGGAUACUAUCGUAAUGAGAGCAGCUCAAUAUGUAUUGAACAGGGUGAUCUCAAAGGUCAUGAUCUGGAGAUCUGCAUACAUGGACAGAAGGAACAGCUACAGACUUCUGGCUACAGGAAGAUUCCAGGUGAUAAAUGCGAGGGAGGGGAACAACCGGAAAGAAAGAUCAUUGACAUGAGCCAAAAAUGCGUCAGUGACCUACUGGACCCUCAGCUGCUGACAGAUAAGUCUACCUCACACAAAGCCCCUAUCAUUGCACUUGUCAUAGCCAUCCUACUGAUCGGUGCAGUUUUAGUGGUCCUGUUCGUAAAGAAGAAUGUCUGUGGUGGACGGUUUUUGGUACGCAGCUAUUCAGUUUUACAAAAUAACGUAUCAGCCAAUCGCAUGGAUGAUGAUCUACUGAACACAGAUGAAAUUGUUACGACUAACAACGGUUACCACGAUGACUCGGAUGAGGACCUUUUGGAGUAAAGCUGAGCAUUAGGGUGAGCAGAUGAAGAUACAUUUUGUCAUUCAGGCAUUGUUGCUGCUGUCUCUUGCUUCCUACUAAAGCACAAACCAGCUUUUUGAAACUUAAUCUAACAGACGUCAUGCACUUCCUGUUUCUCAACCAAUGCGAGGAAACAUUAUUGCUUUGACCACGGAGGGUCUUGUGAAUAGCACAGGUAAUAUGAUCUGAUGUAGAGGAACAGUGUUUAAUGGCUUGUGAAAGUAUGAAUUCUUUCCUAUGAUGUUGGUGUAUUUUCGGGUUUGUUUAAAGAUUUAAAGACUGUCAGUAAGGGUACUUUUAAAAUACUUCUGCUCUUCUUUUAUGUACAAUUUCUUUCCAUUAGAGCUAUAGGUAUAGUUCAAGCUUACAAUAAUAUUAGAUUUUGAGAUUGUUUGGUUCAACAGAAGAGGCAUGUCUGCGAAAUAAGCACCAGGAAAUAUCACACAUUCAUGUCCUUGAGAUAUUCGAUUUGAAAUACAAUGCUACUGAACUUUUUUUAUUAUUAAAUGUGAUCAAAACUUUAGUAUAUACUUCUCUGCAAGCCAUCAGGUGUAAUAAUGAAAAAGCAAUAAAAUGCAGAGAAACAUGCAAUAUGUUUAAUUUUACAACAAAGGGAAAAUAUUUAAUUUAUCAUUAAUCAUUAAUUUAUCUAAACAAAAUCAUUAAUUUAUCUGAAACUGCAACUGUGUAGCAAUCUUAUUUUUAAGCCUUUAAGUUUGCAAUAAAGAACGAUUGUAAUCCGACACAAUAACUGUAGAAUAUGAGGUAAUUUUACCAAUACACUCCUUGUGGUAAUUUUGUAAAUAAGCUCAUGUCUUGGGGUCUUCAGAUCAAGCUAUAAAAGUUGUGUGAAGUUUUAUAAGAAUAUUUUUAUUAAAUAAGCAAUGAUUGAGAUGCAUGUAAAGUAGUGAAGUUGUAGUUUGUGUACAACCUUGCACAUUUUGCCCAUAUCAAAAUUUUUGUAGUGAAAAAUGUUUUUGUGCUGUUAUUGGCUCUCUUCUUGACAUCAGGAAAGUCCUAGAAGUAUAAAAGUCGGUAGCCAGACCAUUCGUGGCAAUACUUUUGCAUGUCACCAUUAAUUUCAUUUGUAUGCAGCUGGAUUUAUUAUGCUGAGAACAAAUGUGUUGAUCUAUACUGUUCAAACAUUUAAUUUUGAAUAUUCAAAUGCAAUACUAGGUACUUUCUAUUUGAUGUCUAAUCCAUUGAGUGUGUAUUUAAAUAUUAAUUCUCCAUAAUUCAUUUAGAAAAAAAUCAUUUAAAAAAAUCUCAAGUAGUUGUUUAAGUUGUUGCUAAGUUUACAACACACAUAAUCAAAAAUCCAAUAUUCACUUGGAGGAAGACAAUCUCCUUUACAAAGUCUCAGAUUACGAGUUUUUGGGGCGGUUUCCCAGACAGGGAUUAGACUAGUCCUAGACUAAAAUAAACUUAAGAGCUGUCCAAACUGAAAACAGCUUGCACUGACAUUCCUUAAAAUACAUCACUGUCCUUUGUUUUGCCUCAAAAUUACACAAGUAAUGUUUUUAGUAAGGCAUGUUUGUUAAAACCAGCUAUGUUUCCGAAUUAAACUAAGGCCUAGUCCUGGUUUAAGAUAAUCUCUGUCCGGGAAACCCCCCCAUAAAGUGUUUAUUAACUGUGCUUGAGUUAUAAAUAAGUCUUGUUUGUUGUGAUUCAAGUGCCUAGCAUGGAGGCACGGUUUGUGCCUCCCAAAGAAAUACAAAGCUUGUCUUCAAUAAUUCAAAAACAAAAGACGAAUCUUAUUACCACUGACGGUAACAUGAGCUUUGACAAACAGCGUAUCUAUCCAUUGUUUCAACUGUCAAAAAUAUCUGUAUAUGAAUUAUUUAAUUCCUAUUUUAUACAAGUCAGGUACACAAAGACACCCCUAACAGAAAUGUAGGCAUUAAACAUUUGAUUCUCUUCUCUCACUGCAUAAUUGCUAGGUUGCUAUCCAUGUUUGGAGCAAUAAUAAUAAUAAUAAUGGCUCUGCAAUGCAAAGAGUUUAAUGAUUUUCAUUAUGACUGUGAUUUUAUUUAUAAGAGGUGUACCAUUUUUCUUCCUGUGCAAAAUCAAUGUACAUAGUAGGCUCUGUACAUAUACAGCAAUUCUAAUCUGUCAUUUGCUCUGUAUAUUUGGACCAGAAUUGUUUGUUUGAAAUAAACUGAUUUGUCUCAUUUAGCA